AUGACGGGACGGAAAUCUUCGUCUCCUCCUGGGUCUUCUCCACCAGCCGCGGGUGGAGUCGAGUCCCCCGAUCAUGUCAUCGAGGCUAAUGAGGCUGAGGCUGAGCAAUCGGAAGAUGGCUAUGAGACGACGUCCAAUGCAUCAACCUCCUUGGCCCCCAGUGUUCGCGACUACAACUUUGAGAACAAGCGACGCUAUCAUAAGUACAAAGAGGGUCGCUACCUUUUGCCAAACGACGACUUGGAGCAGGAACGUGAGGAUAUGAAACAUGCUUUGAUUCUCCACCUUUGCGAUGGAGAGUUACACAACGCGCCCUUGAAGAACCCUCAGAAAAUCCUCGAUAUUGGGACUGGCACUGGAAUCUGGGCUAUGGACAUGGGAGAUGAGUACCCAGAGGCCGAGGUUACUGGCAUUGACUUGAGCCCAAUCCAACCGAUUUUUGUGCCUCCUAACGUCCACUUUGUUGUCGACGACGCUGAGGCUGAUUGGACAUGGGACGAUAAUUCACUCGACUAUGUUCAUAUUCGCAACAUGGGCCCUGCAUUGAAAGACUGGGACAGACUCUUGGAGCAGGCGUACAAGGCCCUCAAGCCAGGUGGCUGGGUCGAAGUACAAGACAUCGUCUUCAAAUUCGCCUGCGACGAUGGAUCAACUACCCCUGAAUACACGCCCAAGAAAACCAUGGAUUACCUCGCGGAGGCCCUCGAAAGGUUUGGGGUCGACGUCAACAUCGCCGAGAAGCUUGGUGAAAAGGUUGAUGCUGCGGGCUUUGUGAACACUAUUCAUGACAUGAAGAAGGUCCCUGUCGGCACAUGGCCCAAAGACCCGCAUAUGAGACAGAUUGGGAACUAUGCUCGGGCCGUCAACUAUGACUCUCUUGGCGCUGUCACAAACAUCCCCUUCACCAAGGGCCUGGGCUGGACAACGUUGGAGGUAGAGGUUUGGUUGGUUCAAGUGCGAAAGGAUCUGAUGAACAAUUUCUUCCAGACAUAUCAUCAUUACCAUUCCUACUCUGGUCAAAAGCCGCUAGAAACAAAGUAG